UGAGUAUCUGCCGAGAGAGAGAGAGAGAGAGAGAGAGAGGACAGGCGGAGAAAAGGAGAGAGGGGGAGAAAACAGGGGAAUUACAUUCAGAGGCACAAAGGCGUAGGGAGAAGAAUUCAGAAUAUUGGGCAGCCUGUCUCAUUGUCACAUCAAUUUGGAACCCCAAAGCAUCGACAUUGCGUUUACCCAGACAGAUGGGUUAACAGAACCUCGUCAGGAGCAGAAACCCACCCAGAUUGUCAAAUGAAUAACAGGAAGGAAGACAUGGAGAUCACGUCCCACUACCGGCAGCUCCUGCGGGAGCUGAACGAGCAGCGGCAGCACGGAAUCCUGUGCGAUGUCUGCGUCAUCGUGGAGGGCAAGAUCUUCAAGGCGCACAAGAACGUGCUGCUGGGCAGCAGCCGCUACUUCAAGACCCUCUACUGCCAGGUGAAGAAGGGCUCGGAGCAGCAGGCCACCAUCACGCACCUGGACAUCGUCACGGCGCAGGGCUUCAAGACCAUCCUGGACUUCAUGUACUCAGCCCACCUGGCCCUCACCAGCAAGAACGUGAUCGAGGUGAUGUCGGCUGCCAGCUACCUGCAGAUGACCGACAUCGUGCAGGCCUGCCACAACUUCAUCAAGGCCGCCCUGGACAUCAGCAUCCGCUCCGAGCUGGCCGACGAGCUGGCGGACUUUGAGAUGGGCGCGGCGGCCGUGGGCGGGGCCGGCGCGGGCGGGGCCGAGGCCCUGGCGUCCAUGAUGCUAGGCCGCAGCUCCUCGCCCUGGCUGGCACGCCGCACCAGCCCCGCCAACUCCUCGGGCGACUCGGCCAUCGCCAGCUGCCACGAGGGCAGCAGCAACUACGGCAAGGAGGACCAGGAGCCCAAAAGCCACGAGAGCCAGGAGGACGUCUCCUCGCAGGCCCUCUGGCCCGGGGACUUCCGCUCCGUUCAGGUCAAAGAGGAGCAGGUCUCCCCCUCAAACUUUAAGGACGGGCCGGCCAGUGGCGGCCAGAGCGCUCUGGCGGAGCAGGGCGGCGGGGAGAGCUGGCAGCCCUCGGGCUCCGGGCGACGGAAGAACCGCAAAAACAAGGACACGGUGCGCCACAUCACGCCGCAGGCCGAGGGCGACAGCCGGACGGGCUCGCCGUUGCCCUCCGUCCUCUCCGCGUCGGGCUGGAGCUACAACAACCAGGACAUUCCAGUUGCCGAUGUCAUGGAGCCCAACAGCUCGGACAGCCGCGGCGACCGGCUGGACUUCUUCGUGAAGCAGGAGGAAGCGCUGUCGGGCGACCCCGCCUUCCUGUCGCAGGCGCUGGCAGCCGAGAAAGACGACCCCGCGUGCCAGGCCGCCUCCGUGGCCAACCUGCGCGCCGCGCUCAUGAGCAAGAACAGCCUCCUGUCGCUCCGCGCGGAGAUGCUGGGGGAGGACAGCCCCCUCCUCUUCGAUUACCUGCCCAAAGGUGGGCACUCCUUAUCCCUGAACGAUUUCACGGUGAUCAGGAAGAAGUUCAAGUGCCCGUACUGCAGCUUCUCGGCCAUGCACCAGUGCAUCCUGAAGAGGCACAUGCGCUCGCACACCGGGGAGAGGCCCUACCCCUGCGAAAUCUGCGGGAAGAAGUUCACCCGCCGGGAGCACAUGAAGAGGCACACUCUGGUGCACAGUAAGGAUAAGAAGUACGUGUGUAAGGUGUGCAGCCGUGUCUUCAUGUCGGCGGCCAGCGUGGGCAUCAAGCACGGCUCCCGUCGCCAUGGCGUCUGCGCGGACUGCUCAGGGCGGGGCAUGGCCGCCCUGCUGGACCACAACGGCGACGCGGGCGAGGGCGAGGAGGGCUCCCCCGAGGAUGAGCUCUAUCCCGGCGACCACCGUUUCCCCGACGACACGGGCGAGGGCGAGGGCGAUGGCGACGGCGACGAGGAGAUGCUGGCUGAUGGGGACGAGGACAGCGCUAAGUGGAAGGAUGACUCAGGAACACCUCACCGGGACGCCAUGUUGGACAAUGACAAGGAGGAGAGCGACUCGGCACAAGAAGGGGAAAACCAGGCGGGGAGCGACAAAGAGUUUGCCUGGAUCUCUUAGUCCAUUUCUCUCUUUUUUAUAAGUGUAAUUUAAAGAAAUCUCUAUGAAAAUCCAGUCUCUGGCCAUGGGUAAAACACAGCAGUGUUACAGACUAUAAGAGACGCGACAUUCACACGUGCACAUUUAAAUGUCCUUAUCACACUUAUCUGUGAUGGAGGCAGAAAAGGUGUUGUUUUCCUUUAUUGUUUAUUUUAAAACUUUUUUGCCACAGUGCGUUGUUUUGGAGGGUCAGGUGAUGCUCUGGGUCUCACGCUGGCGUUUUGUAUAAAUCUGACAUUUUGAAGAUGGAGGCUGUGUCUUCUGCAGAGGUUGAACACCAAGCGUCGACUCCAUUUGAUGUUUGCGGGAGUUUUGGAUGCUUUGACACUGAACGGUAACGAGACAAGUGCCGUCUGUCUUCUUGCCAUGCAGUCAGCUGCUCCAGCAGUGGGGCGUGGGGACAGAGGGGGUGGCGUGGGGCGGGGGGUGUACGUGGGGUGGGAAGUCGUAUCUAUUGCAAAACUAGGUGUCUGAUCAUUGGCAGCAGUUUGGCACUUUUUUUGCAGAAAACUGCCACAGACUUGCACUUUAAUGUUGACCAGAUUCCUAUCAAUUCCCUGAUUCUGUGGUUUACAUUUUUAGUCUAAUUUACAUAGAUGACUUGGUGACCGCACCUACCUUUAAGGAUAACUUUCCUCAUGACUGUUAAAUAUCUAUAUCUAUAUAUUUGUGCAAAGUUGGAAAUUAAGGUAUGCCAUUUUCUUUUCUGCCACGUCCAUUUACUUUAUAUUUCUAUAGUUGUUUUAAAUCCUGUUGAGAAAAACGAAAGAAAAAACAUGUAAAUACAAAUAUAAACGGAGAGAAGCACUGUAAGGAGUGAGGGGUUUCACAUACAUCCGUUGAGUGGGUGUGCCAAGUGAGAGAGGAAAAGAAAGGCUGAUUGAGAGAGAGGAAGUGAGAGAGAUGUGAAUGCUAUGCAGGGACAAGGAUCUUUCCAGGGUCUUUCCACAGUUCACAGUACUCUCUGUGGUCUCCUGGCCAUUCUCGAAAGAAGGGAACCCGCUGAUCUCUUUGCCGAAAAAGAAAACUGGGUCCCUCCAGUUCCAAAACUGUAGUGACAUUUAUUUUUAAGAAGGUGAAAAUAGUGAUACUUUUCCUUUACACUUGUCCUGCUCCACCAGAAGGGAAGGUGGACCAAGAGGUGUUUUUCUUCCUUUUUUCCUCUUCAUUUUUCAAUCUGCCUCUCUCUCUCUUCAAGAAUGUUUUCAUACAUAUUGACUGGGUGGUCCCUUGGUAACAGUUUAUUUACACGGGGCUCUAGGAUUCUAGGGCCUGUUGCUCUUUAAUGGGGUGUUCUCUGGCCGUUCUUUUAUUCCUUAAAUAUUCUUAUUUUGUUUGUUGUUACAGAAUAUAUAUAUAUAUAUAUAUAUGCACCCUUAUGUUAUUUCAUAGAACCAAGCGGUUCAAUUUUUCUUUAGUGUGAGCUGUAUGGAUUUUUUUCUAUUAAUUAUAAAAGAUGUAAAAAAAAACACAAACAAAAAGAAAAUCAAGCUGCUUUGCUUGAAGUAUCCUACAGAGAGUGAUGUGUUAUAAAGUGAAUUUUUUGACAGUUAUUUUGGUUGAAAGCUUAUUUAUUGAAAGUUAAGUGGAAUUACUGUUUUAUAAGACAUUCCUUCCAUUUUUGUCCGACCAGUCCUUAAGGCACAAACGGUAGUGUAGUUAUUGUUCUUUUUUUUUCUUUUCUUUUUUUUCUGAGAUUAUUUCUGUGUUUGUGCCAGAAUAUUUGUUUGACUUUGGGAGUGAGAUUGGUCUGAUUUACUAAGUGCUGGAUGCUAAGCUUUAUUAAUUGUAUCAUUUUGAUAUUUUAUAUCUUUGAAAGAAGAAAAGCUUUUAUACUUUGCCUUGUUGUGGACAGCAAGCCACAUGGCUAUCAGAGCUUUUUAUUGUGCCAGUUCCAUGCUCUUUGUUGCUGUUAUUAUUAUUUGUACAUGUUUUACAACAAAAGGAAAAAAAGUCAGCAAAGCUAACUUAUUGGUUCUAUAGUGUUGGAAAGGUGUAUAUAUAGCACAUGCUUCUAUAUUACUAACGUACACUAAAUAAUGAAUAUUAUACCAAAAAUAAUCUAAUAUACAAUGUAUACAUUAAGUGCUUUUGUUUCCACUUUUGGUGUGCAGGUUCAGAGCUUCGUUGUGAUUUGUUUUUCAUAGUUUGAAGAAUGCACAUAUGAUACACAUGACUCGUUAUAUGAAGGGUUAGCCUUAGAGAUAGAGCGAAACUCUUAAAGACAGAGUAAUGCUUGUGUCUCAGUUCUCAGGCAUGGUCUACUGGACAGUAUCACCUUUACCAUGAGGGAAAAGGCCUGCGAUUGUGUGGGCGGAGUACCACACACCAUUUGGCAGAUGGGCAGAUGGGAAAUGCAGGAAAUACACCGCUAGAGGUUGUUGCGCACAUUUUAACUGAUGUUAUGCCGCAUUUUCACAGUCUGACCCUGAGGAAUGUCUUGAGAAUGAGGGGUGUUUCCAUGCCAACACUGAUUUAUCAUUACUUCCAACAUUUUUUCUCUUUUUUUUGGUACACUGUUCCAGUCCAAAGAUAUUUAAGAACAAAUCAAAGUUGUAUCUUUGGAGGGCUGCCUUUCUCAAUUAUAAUGGCAACUAUGAUAUUUCUGAAUUCUUAAUACCAGGCAAACAUGCGUUAAUGUUAUUAACAUGAAUGAUAAAACCAAAUGAAAAACAAAGCCACUGGAAAUUGAGAGGCAUAGAAAUAAAACAUCGAUGAUGUUGUGUGAUUUUUUCACCAAAGAUUCACUCUAGCAUCAAAAUAUUGAACUCUAUAAAGUUAAAAUGGCCAUUUGUGCCCUGCAGCCCACUGUCCAUCACCAGAACACUUUAUAUCCUCCAUUGUUUCAGAAGUGACAGGAACUGCUGAACCAGUGCGGAUUGCAUAGUUUCCCUGAGUAACUGAGACCGGCUUGAUGCACAGAAUUAUUUUGCCAUUGGGGUCAUCGCCCUGUUGAACCAAAUUGUUUGAACAGUCAUAUUGCUUUUGGGCCUUUUUUAUAGAUUGACUACUAUGGCUUUGGCAAUUUUAUAUGAAUAUGGUCUUCAUUAGUUAUCACUGUAGGGAUGCUUUAUGUGUGUGCAUGUGUGUGUGUGUGUGUGUGUGUGCACGUGCACGUGUGCAUGUGUGUGUGUGUGUGAGAGAGAGAGAGAGCUAGAAAGAGAGAGAAAGAUUAUAUAUUUUGGCCUUAUUGGUCAUUAUCCCAAUCACAGGUCAGUUGAUUUCACUGUAACCUAAAAGGAUAUGGAGUUGGGUUGCUCAGGCCAGGUUGGCGUGUUGGUAAAUAUAACAUUUAGAGAGAUACCUCUCGAAACUACAAUAAUAACACUUUUAAAGCAAGGCUACAAAUUAUGUUACAUAAAAUAUGAAGAUUGAAAAUGAAAAACAACCCAAGAAAUAUAUUAUUGCUAAUGUGUCAUUCAGAUCUAUGCUGCAGCUGUGAAAAGAGUCAAAUCAUUUCUGUUGAACACAGUUAGUUGACUGCGAUUUUUCAGACAGGCCACACAACAUAUCCUGAAAGGCGAGUCAAUUAUUCUCAAAAGAAGAUGUGAAUGUUACCCCGAUCUAAAAUAGAUUAUGUACCAUACUUAAGCAACCACUGGUUUUCAUUUUAUUUUGUUCCUAUGACAUGUCUGCCUUGUGUUCUGACUGGAAGUGCACUUGUGAUUCUAAUUAUGGAAAGAAUUCCUGUGAUUCACCCUUUUUUACAUAACAAUGGUCUAGCAACCGAUUAUUUCCUAUGCAGUUGCAGGUCAAACACUGGUCCGACAUGUGCCAUUUCCAUGGCCACGGUACUGCUUGAGUUACCACACAUUGUUGCUCAGUGAGGUUGUGCUACCUUUCUGCACACAAAAACACGGCCCUAGCUUCGGGUGUCCCAAACACACCGAAGCUAAACGUCGAGUAAUACUCUGCCUACUGAAAGCUCCCGAGUUUUAUGUGAACAUCAGAUUCUCAAUUACUAUUCUUUCCUUAUGUUUUGCAUCUGAAUUUCUUUUAUUUGAUUUAUUUAUUGUAUCUUUUAUAUGUCAAAUAAAAUAUGGAAUUUUAAAAUAUUAAGGACGUUGUUUUAAUAUGUUCUUCUAAACUUGUCAGUAAUAGAAAUGAAAUGUAUUUGUAGGAGUGUUGGUCAACCACAGGUGCUUUUACAGUCCACAAAUAUGUAAAUUAAAUGUUUUUAUUUCUAUAUUAUUAUAAAUAUUACAAAUCAAUGUGUACUGGAGUAUAUAGACCUAAAUUAUUAUAGAUAUCAUUCUCUUUUCAGGAAUAAUUCAUCCAACCCCCCAAAAUGUGCCUAGGUGUAUUUACUUAAAUAUGUGUUUUUUCUAUUCUUUUUACAUUUGGAAAGCAACAUUUUUAUUUGUCCCCAGGUGCUGGCAAAAUGUGGGAUCAACUCGACCAUUAACAUAACAAAUACGUUUGAUUUCUCAAUAACGUGUUUUGUUGGGUUAUAGUGUAGGCUGUUUUUGUUCUUUUAAUUUGUCAAUACAUUGACCCACCAUACUCAUGCUGGAAGCCCUUAAUAGCACAUUUGUGUUCGCUUGUUAUACCAAAGCUAUGUUAAAAAUCUGCACACUGCUGGUUAAUUUUAUAUACUACAGAACUGGAACAAUAUUGCAAUAUUGAAGGUGGAACAAAUUUAAGACGAGAUAUCGGAUCCUGGUUUUAGCCUGUUUAGCUUGAUACAUAUGUGCAAAUCAUUAAGCCAUAGACAUGGUAAUUUCAAGACUAUAUAAUAUUUCAAAUUUCUACUUUUAUUUUAGAUUUUGUUCUUGAAUAAGAGUGCUGUGUGUUUAUCUUCGCGUAUAUAUGAACAUGGUAUAUUGUUUAUUUUUUUCACGUUUCGAGGUAUCUUUUGAUAAAAAAGAACUGCCCUUGAAACUGUUAUAGUUCUCUGUGGGGAAUAUUGUUCAAUAUGACUUUAUGAUAAUUACUAUAAACCUGUGUUUGUAAUGAAGAAGUGUUGAAUAAAUGAAGAACAAUUUAGUUACAAUUAGUGGGAGAAGAUAACAGUGCAUUGUACUGAUUUUCUGUAUAUGAUAAUUCUGAUCAUUUGACCUUUUUCUAGUUGAAACAUGAAACUCCUGUCCUUCUGAAGGCACGUCAAUGGCUGCCUCAGUCUCUUCUUAACUUCAUGUUAGUGGGAUUAGCUUGACUAUUACUCGCAAAACCAAUCAGUCUCAAUAAAUUUGGAAAUUGCUGCUGAAAUUA